CGAGGAACCUCUAAGUGGCUGGUUGUAUAACGCAGACAAAUUUAAUAUUAAUAAAAACAAUGAAGAUUCUCUUGUGUUUGUGCCUUUUGGGCGUGGUCGGAUUAUCAUUGGGAGAUACGAAGACGUAUCCGCGUGGUUGUAUUUAUAUUCUAGGAACAUGCGUAAAAGAGUGUGACGAAGGAACCCACGCUUAUUCACUAGGAUGUGGCAAUAAAGUCCCGGAGCCAACUUGCGAGGAACCCAAUCCGGUGGUGGAGAAAGGCUUGCUGUGUGACUACUCGGCAUGUUACUGCGACCCCCCCACUGUCAGGGACACGAAGAAUAACGUGUGCGUGCCUUUGGAUAAGUGCCCUGAGUGAUAUAAAAAAAAUAAA